CUUGGACUUGUCCACCCCUUACCUAAACGGGGUGGGUGCCUGAAUCCACCUCAGGCAGCAUCCGCGCGAUUGGAUCGCUUUCCGUCCAAAAGGUUUAGUGUCUCUUACCUCGAAAGCCCUUCAGUUACUCAAGUCCCUCGUGAACAUAUUCCGGCUCCACCAGCAGCUGCGUAUGACUCAAUCGUCACAUUAGUGUAUUCACUUUGGCCCCUAGUCCUCUCAUCUAGGCUCCUCUUGGUCAUCUCGGGGGUAUAUACCCGUCUGGGAAAGGAGCCUCAACACUCCACAACGAUUCAAAGCACUCGAAGGCAGCCAUCACCACUCGCAGCUCGGAUUCUAACCUAGACCAAGCACAGGAUGGCUUCUACGAACAGUAUAUCUAGGGCCAUUGGAUCCGGGACAGAGGCUGCUCGCCAGCCCUCUGUCCCAGCUCCCAGCUUUGAUUUACCAUCUGUGCAACAAGUCUUCUCGGAAUUGCCCGAACAGUCUUCGUUUUUGCCAGACAGAAGUUUGGAGACGCUGACCUUGGAAGAUCAAGAAAAGAUGUUUCGUGCCUUGAGUGCGGUCAUUGAAAACGCCGAGGCUGCUGCAGAGGCUGGAAAUGCCUUCGACCUUAAGGAAUUGCAUGCUUCUUUGGAACAGGCUGAUGCAGAUGCACGACGUGGUCGAAGGGAUUCGGAGUCUUUGCAGAGUGUGCUGAAAAUUCUUAACCAACUAUGGGCUAGUAAUUCCGAUUUUCUAGCGCAAGCCGCCGAGAUUUUGGCUAACGGGAGUCGUGAACUAUCAUGGCGUGGCCCAAUUGGACAAUCUGGGAUUUUGAAAUUCUUCUUGGAGGUCAUCUCAGCAAAGAAGGAUGUGGACGUCAACUUGCUGCUCCAUUCAUUGCGUUUGGUUGGCAAUUCUUGCGCUGAUACCAAUGAUAACAGGCAGAUUGUUGUCGAGGGUUCCUACACUAUCGCUAUUAUCAGGCAUUUCCUCAACCCCGAGUUGGUUCAUGUCGCGAUUCCAGUCAUUUACAAUAUUUGCAUGGACUAUGAGCCCGCCCAUGCCCAAAUGGCUGAGAACCGAACGGCAUACAUCAUCUUGAAACUUCUCAAAGAUGGUGCCAUCAAGGACAACAGUGCCCUUCUCAGCUUUUCUUAUGAUCUAGUCGAGCUAGCCUCGGAGCAAGCGCAAGGCAUUGAAAAUUCCCCCGAUGGAACAAUCUGGCUUUUGACACAGCUCGCCCUGGAAGAGACCGAGUUUGAGCAUUUCUCAUCGCUUGUGAACAGUCUUUCCGCUUACUUGGAGAAAGAGCGGUUCCAAAACGCCUGCAUUUCAAACGGAAUGGUUGAGGCCGUGCUGUCGGUUCUUCGCCGGUCUUUUUCCAUCGAGAUCGAUGAGUCCUCAAAAGACGAGGUUUCAGGUCUUGCCCAAAUCAAACUUAAGAUCAACCAAGCCCUGGCCGAGGUUUCAGCUUCUUCACUGUUCGCUGAACACUAUCCGCUUGAUUCGGCCCUAGCCCAGACACUAAAGUCAUGGAUCGUUGCAGACGAAGACCAGCUUCAAAUCUGCGCGUGUGUCAUGCUCGGAAACUUGGCUCGAUCUGAUGAGGUCUGCCAAGUGAUGGUGCGGGACUUGAAAAUCCACGAAGAAUUGAUCUCCGUCCUUGAGAGCGGCUCUCGCGGUGCAGUCCUUCACUCUGCACUUGGUUUCCUAAAGAACCUCGCAAUCGCGGGCGACAACCGGGUCAGCCUCGCUGAAGCUGGCAUCAUCCCGGCUGUAUCCCACCUGUGGGCAUACGAGUCUGUUCCACAGGUUCAAUUCUCUGCCGCGACUAUCGCACGCCAGGUGACCAUCGCCUCUAUGGACAAUAUCUCGCGGCUACUGGCUCCACUGUCAGACGAUCCAGAUUCUCCGGCUCACAAGCGGACCUAUCUUUCCUUGCUCUUGUCUCUCUUCGAGAAGACUGACUCUGCCCCUAUCAAGACGGAAAUCGGCCGCACCGUGGCCUCUAUCUGCCGUACGGUUUCUCCCAAGGCCCGCGAUGGAGACGAGGCAGCUAAAUCGCUGUUGGAUAACCUGUACACCCUGCACGAGGGUGUCGCUCGACCUAUUGGUGCGAUGAUUACUCAAACUCAAUGGCCCGUUGUUCGAAGUGAGGGCUGGUUCGCUUUGGCGUUGAUGGCAAACAGCCAAUCGGGCUGUUUGGCUGUGAUAGACUGCUUGCACAAUGAAGACGUUGCGAUGCUGCUCAAGAAGACUCUGAGCGGAGACGCUUCUACUUCGGAUGCUGCAGAUGCGCCAGAUGACUCCAGCGCACCGAAUGUCACCCAAGUGACUAAAGAUCGUGAUAACGCUUUUGUUCUUGUGCAGGAACUUUUGAAGAACGAGGCUGGUGCACUUCCAAAGAGCUAUCGGGAGGCUAUCGAAGACCUAGCAAAGAACAGCGCAUUACGACAGCUGCAAGGUACACAGGAAGCUUGAAGCGAGGACUCGGCUCGAUUGAGUACAUAAUGACUAUGACAUGAUGUGAUUUGCACCUCAAAUCUCCUGGAAUACUUUCGAAAGAAUCAUCGAGAGUGGUUUAUAGAAUGCUACAAGCAGCAAUUGCAAUGUCACCAAGAACAACAAGUGCAAACUCUCAAAAGCAAGCGAGGGGAUGUCCUCCGUUUGUUUAGGGUGUCAGCCAUGUAUCACCGUGGGCUUGAAGGCUCAUAAUUCAAGAUAGAUAUAGAAGCCAAGUCAAGUGUCUUUGCGAAAGAAUUUUCUCCGGCCUGCAACAGGCUCUCCUCGAGCUACAUCAUUGACAGUAUCCAUGGGUGUUGAAUAUGGUGGAGGAGAGUCUUUUGGUUCGCCCUCCUUGGGUUUGGCCUCCUUGCACUUCAAAAAAUACCCUGCCGUCAUGCUCAAGGCAUACAGUGGGUUUCUGUCCCAGAGCAGGUCCUCGAAAGCCUGCCAAUGUUGCUCCUUUUCUUUCUCUGUCAGCUCAAAUCCUCGAUUUUGAAUGCAACAUUCGCAUCCAACUGUACAGUGCCCGGCACCCCUUCUUCUUUGUGAAGACGCAUAACGUUUUCUGCAUUAACCGCAUUCACGGCUACAGCAACCUCCUCGAUCCGUGCAGUCUUCUAUCGAGAGAGAGUUCAUAUACCACAUUGGAUCUUGUUGAACAGAGCGAUAUUGUUCUCUUAGCGGCUUGGGUAUCGAUCGUUCAGCUAGAAAGAGCUCCUGUUCUUGAUGCCACCAUUUCCUCUGCA